AUGGCAGAAAGGGCCAAAUGCUCUGGCACAGAGCUAGGCCACAACUCCCUGGAGGAUGAUUUGCUGGGGAUAAGAAUCCUGGGGCUGCCUGAUGCAGAUGACAAACCGCUUUAUCACGUGCACCAGAAGAACCAAGUGCUGAUCUGCGACAACUUUCUGCUGGGACACUGCCCAUUGCAAGAGCAGUGUCCUCGCCACCACACUCCGUUCCCCUACCACUGGCAGUGUCGCCGCCGGGAAGACCACGUGUGGCUCAGUUUCAGCUUCUCGGCUCAACACCACACGGAGAGGUGGUACUGUAAUGAGGAGCAAACCAAAGCAAAGCUGCUGGACAGGAGUGGCAACUACCAUACCUUAAACUUGGAUACUAUGAAGAUCUCAGGCCCCCCAGGUUGUUGGCUUUAUGACAAAAUAAGGCGUCUGUCCAACAGCAGUGACCCUGCGUGCAACCCCUACUUCCCUACAGUAUGGAAGGUUUACUGGGAGGAAACGGGUACUUGGAUGGAAUACGAGGAGCCCAUUGCACAGGAACUCGUGGCUGCUUUUGAGCGGGGAAUGUGGAACCACGCCUUCUAUCUGAACAAUCGCCUCUACAAUGUAGAUCUCAAAAUGCUGACCCAGUGCAACGUGAAGACGGGCUUCACUCGCAGUAUCAAGUACCGACCAGUCUUUCGCUGUGGCACCUCUACUGCACUCCAUUUGCAGUCGGUUGUUCCAUCCCUUCAAACUAAAGUUGUACCCGGAGAGGACGCUAUGGAUUUGUACAAUGGGCCGUAUCCUGCUACGUGGGUCCCACCACCGCAAGAUGACUUUUCUUUUACAAUGGUAGAAAUGACUUUAUCAGAGGCGGCUUAUCAGAAAGUGAGGAAGCUCUUCCAUGCCACAUUGCCUGAGGAUGAGGCACUGGUGCUGGCCAUCUACCGUAUACGGAAUGACCACCUCUGGCAGGCGUACAUGAGGCAGAAAAAACUCAUGUCUCUGGCACGCUCCGCAGAAGACCAACUGUUCCUGGAGAGGCAUCUUUUCCAUGGCACAGGAGCAGCCCAGGUUAAGUCUAUCUGCACAUCGAACUUUAACCCUCGCUUUGCAGGGUUGCACGCUGCAGCUUUUGGCAAAGGCAUUUACUUUGCGUCGGACGCAUCCUACUCACACUGGUAUGCCUCAGAAGCCAAGGACAAUAUGCGGCACAUGUUUCUGACCAAAGUCUUGACAGGGUACUGGAAGAAAGGCCGCCCAAGGCUUAAGCAGCCCCCUGUUUCUUACGAUUCUUGCACAAAUUGCAGGUCCGAUCCUGACAUUUUUGUCGUCUUCAAGAGCUGCCAGUGUUAUCCCUACUUCUUGAUUCGCUACAAGGAAGUGAACACACCUGUGAUUAUAGACAUAUGACUGAAGAGGCCUCUCCUCUACAUCUUGCUGCUAUUCCAAUCCAGGUCUAGUCAGUCCCAAACUGCACCUGGUACUUCGUAGGGUCAUUUUUUUCCUUCUCUGCAGCAAAAGCCCAGUGUAUAGGGCAUGGAGAUUCUUAACCGUUUGACCUCUGGUGGAUUUUUGGUUAAAGGUUGACUGCUUCCCCCAAUCUUCUUUGCUCCAUGUGGGGGAAAGAUAUGGGUAAUACAUGUGAGCGAAUAUCACGUGUAGUUUGGCUCUUGGAGAGGAGACAGGGUGGCCAGAUGGAAAUGAGGAGAGGGUUCCUGCACCUUUACUACUUCUGUUGAAGAGGGAAUUUCAGCAGGUGUUGCUUGUCGUGCUACAUCUGCUGAACUUCCCUCUCCUACACAACUAUUAACGACUCUUUCUAUUUCCAUCUGGCCACUCUAGCUCUUGUGCUUUCAACAGCAGCUUGCAGAAGUCAACAAGUGACUUUUUCCUGACAGGUAGAUGAGCAAUAUCUGCAGAGCAAGCUGCUGUUAAAGGCACAGGAGCACAGACUGGAAAAAAUAUCUGACAACCUUAAAGGGAAAGUCUUCAGGCAGGUGGGGUGUGUGUGUAGUCUUGGAAUCUCCUAUGGGGGAUCACCUACAAGCAAUCCCAACCUUUUGAAGGGCUCUGCUCCAUGGGAUGUUGAAGCAAAGAUAGGGAAAGGCAAUGAAAUCCAGCAGUUAUUAAAAAUAAAGGAUUGGAAUUGUCAGGUCUGGACUCUAACUGGAUUUGUGUAGCUUUCUGAGUUGAAUAGAAAGGAAAUGUUUACCAGGGCUUCUCCUUGCACACUUAGUGUCACAAUGAUGCACACUGGCACAAUUUCCCCCCCCUUUCUAUGCAGUUCUGAAAGGUUCAGGGAGCCUUUUAGGGUUCAGAGUUGGCAACCCAAGAAAGGACUUAGGAGGUGCGCAGCUCAUUCCUUUCCUUGUCUAUUCGGAAGUAUUCUCACUGAUAUUUAAUGAGCUCACUCACAAGUAGACAAGUAUAGGAUUGUAGCCUGGAGGAUUUUCCUUUCUCUACUGCAAAGGACCUGGCAUUGAAGGAUAAGGGUCCUACUCCUGGGGAUGAUGUGGUGAGGCUAUUUAGAUGGGUCUCUGGGGGACCCUGACUGUUGGUGUGGGGGGAAGCGUCUGGCUCAGGAACAACUGCCACAGAAGCUUGUCAACCAGUUGCACAGGAAGUUAGGAAGGCGGAUGCAUUGUGAGGAGCUGAUAACUCAACACCAGACUCCUUCCUGACCCGGCCAGCUGCCUCCCCUCCUCCUCUGCUGGUUUCAUAAUAUCCCACAGACUGUGGGGAGUGGCCUCUGUGAGGGGUUGCAUUCAGACUGGGGGCUCUUCCAGGUGCCGCUUUGGCCUUGUGUGUCCUCUUACAGCUCCGGAUCCUUGGGUUGCUAGAAGGGGUUUUGCUGGUUUUGCCUCAGUUUGUUGACUGACUGAGUCAGCAACUAAACUUUAAAGACUAAAGAGUACUUCUAAGCAGAUAGAAAGUACAUCUCCCUCACAUGUGAAUAAACAACCCCACUGUGACACAGGCCCCAUUUA